AUGCGAUUCUCUUUUAUUUUUUCUACUCUCUGUACUGUUACUUGGAGUGCUUCAGUCAUCACUAAUAAACAGGUAAUAGACACAUCAAAGGCAGAAUUUGAGACAACUCUCAACGAAGCUGAUUUCGAAAGUAAUUUACAUCAAAGAUACGAUUUGCAUACAUUGGGAAUCAAAGUGAAAGAUGAUCCGACGAUUGGAAAUUACAGUGAAGGAGAUAUUCUGUUGGAGAGUCCAAAGAAAUUUGUAGAGGAAAAUAACAAGUUGGGAAGAAAUGCAAUUAGACAAAUGUAUAGACGUUGGCCAAACGGUGAGAUUCCAUACACUCUUUCUUCCCAAUAUGGUUCAUAUGCUAGAGGUGUAAUUGCCAAUGCAAUGAACGAAUAUCACACAAAAACAUGUGUCAAAUUCGUUGCAAGAGACCCUUCAAAACAUCACGAUUAUCUCUGGAUUCAUCCAGAUGAUGGAUGCUAUAGUUUGGUUGGAAAAACCGGAGGAAAGCAGCCAGUCUCGUUGGAUUCUGGAUGUAUUCAAGUUGGUACAAUAGUUCACGAAUUGAUGCAUGCCGUUGGUUUCUUCCAUGAGCAGAGCAGACAAGAUCGUGACAGUUACAUUGAUGUCGUUUGGCAGAAUGUGAUGAAUGGAGCUGAUGAUCAAUUUGAAAAGUACAAUUUGAAUGUGAUUUCUCAUUUGGAUGAGCCAUAUGAUUAUGCUUCAAUUAUGCAUUAUGGACCAUAUGCAUUCAGUGGAUCAGGAAAGAAAACAUUGGUUCCCAAGAAGUCUGGCUCUGAAAGAAUGGGACAACGUGUCAAAUUCUCGGAUGUUGAUGUCAGAAAGAUCAAUAAACUAUACAAUUGUCCAUCUGGAGGAUCGUCUUCAAAUAACAAUCAAAUCAAUACGAACUCAAUUGUGAACAACAGUCCUCCUCAGGUUUGA